AUGUCAGCCCAUAGCCAUUUUCAGAAAUUUCUAUCGAUACUAAAGACCUACUCCCGGUUCAUAGGACCGGGGUUAAUGGUCAGCGUGGCAUACAUGGACCCAGGAAACUACUCCACAGCCGUGGCGGCCGGCUCGGCCUAUAAAUACCACCUCCUUUUCCUGAUUCUCCUAUCAAACUGCCUCGCCAUCUUCCUUCAAAUCUUGGCCGCCAAGCUAGGUGCCGUCACUGGCCUCGACUUGGCCGCCAACUGCAAGGCCAACUUCAGCUUCAGGGUUAAUCUCUUCAUCUACAUAUUGGCUGAAAUCGCCAUCAUUGCUACCGAUUUGGCCGAGGUAGUGGGCACUGCCAUCUCCUUAAACAUUUUAUUCAACCUUCCAUUAUUCCUCGGCGUGGUAGUGACCGUGGUCGACGUUCUCAUUGUGCUUAUGGCCUAUAGACCUAAGGGACCCUUGUUGUUUAUCCGUAUAUUCGAAGGGUUUGUCUCCUUGUUGGUAGGAGCCACCGUGGUCUGCUUCGCCAUUGAACUUUACCAAGUGAGCAAUGAUCCUUCUCUCGAGUUUUCGGGCUGGGAAGUGCUCAAGGGAUUCUUGCCUAGCGAAAAAGUUAUCGACAUGGAAGAAAGACCCGGCGGAAGUGGACUUUUCUUGAGUUUGGCCAUUUUGGGUGCCACCGUCAUGCCCCAUUCAUUAUACUUAGGUUCAGGCUUAGUCCAAUCCAGAUUGAAAGAUUUCGAUAUCAAGCACGGAUAUUAUCACCCCGAGAAAAAGUCGAGAAAGUUGAGUAUCAGUGUGGAAGGUAACAGCAAUCCGUUGGAGCCUGCGCUAACCCCAGACAACCCAGAUGACACCUUGACCCCCGUAGCUACUCCAUACAACGAGUUGCAUCACCACCGUUUCGAAAAGAAAGAUAAUGACUCCACUGAGGAUGAAGAUGAAAACGACGAAAAUUACAGACCUUCGGUUCAUGCCAUCAAUGACACCAUGACUUACACUAUUGUCGAGCUUGUGAUCUCGUUGUUUACGGUUGCAUUAUUUGUGAAUGCUGCCAUUUUGAUUGUGGCGGGUGCAACCUUACACGGUGGAACGCAAAUGAAGAGGGACGACAGUGACUCCGAUAGUGAUUCCGAUAGUGAUGACUACGAAAACGCUGAUUUGUUCACCAUAUACCAUCUUCUUUCUAAGCACUUGUCUCCUACUGCAGGUUUUGUUUUUGCUUUGGCAUUAUUGUGUUCGGGUCAAAGUGCCGGUGUUGUUUGUACCCUUGCGGGUCAAAUGGUGUCAGAAGGAUUCUUAUCAUGGUCAUUACCACCCGUUGUCAGAAGACUUAUUACCAGAGGUCUUGCGAUCACUCCAUGUUUAUUGGUAGUGAGUUUCUCUGGUCGUGAAGGAUUGGCCAAAGUAUUGAAUGCCAGUCAAGUGGUAUUAAGUAUCUUGUUGCCGGUUGUUAGUGCCCCUUUGAUCUAUUUCACCUGCUCUAAGGAAAUUAUGCGUGUUCCAAUAUUCAUUAGAGAUGGUGAUGAGUUACUUGAUGAUUCCAACAUUUUGGAUGAUGUCAAUGACUACGAAGAGAUCACUUUACCAGGAGGAGGUGCUCCCGUUUCCAAUACCCCACACAGAUUCAGAAGCACUGAACCAGCUAUCAGACUACAAGACUUGAGAAAAUCGCACCCUUGUGCUGGCUGGGACGAAGAAGAUGAUGAUGUUCAUUUGAAUCAUGGUUCAGAAGAGCAGCAUCGUCUCCUUGUGGGCGAUGAUCUUCCAUCUCACUCAUCCCCACAAAAGAAGAAAACCCACACUCCAGAGUUGGAAUACUCGCAACAUGCACCAUCCAACAUCCAAGACACCUACACCGAAGAUGAGGUUGAUUACCGCAUCAAGGGUUACAAAGAUUAUAGCAAUGGACCAAUAACUUCAUUUCUAGCAGUAUUGGUAUGGGGAUUCAUAACAUCCUUGAACUUAUACUUGAUCAUUAGUAUGAUGAUGGGAUACGAAGUACCCAUGUAA